AUGUUAGCGGGUCGCUAUCGACCCCACGGGCAUAGAAAUUACUUAAAUUUGGCGUUUUGCAGGUCUCGUCGAUUGCUUUCCACUACUAAAAUAGCUGAUGCCCUCGAAGCUUUGGAGGAGGUGGAAGACAUUCAAGGUAUAGACGAUAGAUAUGUUUAUAUAGAUCCACCAUGUAACGGUGAAAUUUCUGAUGGUGAGUCGGGGGAAAAAGACUGUUGCGAUUUUGAUAGAUUGAAUCGGCACCAGCUUCUCGCGCCUGCUGAGCUAGUAAUUCACAUGUCGAAAGAUGAACAGCAUGUUGAAAUCGAGGCUAUUGAACCUGAAAUCUCUCAUCAUACUCCUGCUAAAACUCGACGUAUGCCUAAAAAGUCUCAACCAGCAGUUACAAUAAGUAAUGAGCAACUCAGGCAACCGACGACCAGUUAA